AUGUUGAAUCCAACCUUGGAUAAUGCCUUUCAUGCCAAUAAUAUAAAGUCUACAAGAAAACACAGGAUAAACAACAACAGGCCCGCCCCCGACCUCCCGCCCCGACGUCGGAGUCCCGCACGUUCAUUGGCUAGAGUGCACAUCACUCAGUGCCAGGUGGCGGCCUCUCCGCUCGUCCCUCCUCCCGCUCCUCCUCGUUGUCCCCGCCCCUUGCUCUGUUUUCUCCCAGCUGCCGGACCAGCGGGCCUGCAGCCUACACCGCCCAGUCCCUGCUCAGGUGUCACUUUUGCUGGCAGGCCGAGAUUAGGGAAAGAGAGUGGGCAAGGGGUCGCGGCCGGGAGGAGAAGGGCUCUACCACGCCACCCUCCUUUGGCCUCUGAACGCGGACCCCGCACACGCACACCCGCGCCUCUUUGGCAAGCGUGCCUUGUCGGCUGGGUUAAGCCGCAGUGCGUGCACACCGAGCGGCGGGGCGCUGUGGAACGCCGGAACGGGCUAGCGGAGGAGCAUGCGGAUCAAGCCCCAGCGACCCAGGGCAACUCGGAGUUACCUGGGACAGCCCUGCGGAUCUCCAAGAACCGAGGAGACGGGAGAAACACGGGAAAGGGUGGCCUUUUCCCUGUUCUCACACACACACACACGCAGCCACUGGCCGGGACAGUUGACACCCAUCUUCCUUCCCUGCUCCUUCGAGUCAUUCUACACCCGCUUGGUGCUGCCAGUGCGGGCAGGGCCUUGGAGUCCAAAGCGGAUCCCCACACUUGUCCCUCCGGUUGAAAAGAAACUAGAGAAGAGAAAGUCAGGCUUGGCAGAGCUAAGAGUGAUAGUGGCCCAAAUGUUCCUUCCUGGCCCGCCUGCUGUGCCAGAGAGUCUGAAAAGCGGGUCUCCGUCUACCAGAAGGUCACCUCCACACAGCCCCUCUCCGCGACCAACCGCAGCACCCAAGGACUGGCAACGUGGUUGGAGGUUUUGGGGGGAAUUAUGAAGAAAUCUGAAUAAAUUUCUCACCCUUC